CCGCCGGCGCCGGCCCGCGGGAAGGGCACCUCGUCCCGCUCCGCCGCGCGCCGCGGCUUUGCCCCGUCCGGAGCCCUGAGUCCCGCAAUGCGGCGCCUGUGACGAGGGCUGCUCGGGCGUCGGGCGCCGGCGGCUUUGGAUGGGAUCGGCGGCUCGCCCGAGGACGCGGCUGGGGACGGCGAGCGGUGCAGGGGAGCGGGCGGGUGCAGCCGGGUUUGCAGCAAGGCCUGGUCCUGCUGUGCGCGUCCGCUGUCCGGAUCCAGGACUGUUGCUCGCCCCGUUCCCUGCAGCGCUUUGCUCCGUCGGAUGGGAGGCCGCGGUGGGAUAAAGCCAAGCAUCCUUCCGCCUGCUCCGAGGAGGCGUUUGCGUCCCCCUUCCCACACCAAGCUCCACUGACCCCUUCGCUCGCUCCCGGUCCUGCCUCCGGCUCUAAGGAUGCACCAGCUUCUCCUGCUGGGCUCCCUCUGGCUCCUGGGGGCACCCUCAGCCUCGAGCAUCUACCAGCGGCCGACGGGGAGCCCAGCCGCCCCGCGCCUGCAGUACCUGCUGGAGCCCCUGCACGCCGUGGUGCACACGCAGCGCGGCGCCACGGUCACCCUGCCCUGCGUCCUGCGCGCCCUGCCCCGCAACUACCGGGUGAAAUGGAGCAAGGUGGAGCCGGCCAACUACCUGGAGAGCGUCAUCAUCAUCACCAACGGGCUCUCGCACAAGAACUACGGGCCGCUGAGCCCCCGGGUGAGCCUGCGGCACAGCCACCGCUACGACGCCUCGCUCACCAUCGCCAACGUGGCCUUGGAGGACGAGGGACGCUACCGCUGCCAGCUGGUCAACGGGCUGGAGGACGAGAGCGUCUCGCUCACUCUGCACCUCGAGGGUGUUGUCUUCCCCUACCAGACCAGCAACGGGCGCUACAAGUUCAACUACCACGAAGCCAAGCGAGCGUGUGAGCAGCAGGACUCGCGGCUGGCCACCUACCAGCAGCUCUACCAAGCCUGGACCGAGGGCCUGGACUGGUGCAACGCGGGCUGGGUCCUCGACGGCACCGUCCACUACCCCAUCAUCAACGCGCGCGAGCCCUGCGGCGGCCGCCUCCUGCUCCCGGGCGUCCGCACCUACAGCGCCAGGGACAAGCAGAGAGACCGAUUCGACGCCUUCUGCUUCACCUCUGCUGUCAACGGCCAGGUCUACUUCAUCCGCGGCCACCUGAACUUCAAGGAAGCCGGCCAGGCGUGCCGCAACCACGGGGCCGCCCUGGCCAAAGUGGGGCAGCUCUACUCCGCCUGGAAGUUUUCCCGGCUGGACCGCUGCGACGGGGGCUGGCUGGCGGACGGCAGCGUGCGGUACCCCAUCGCCACCCCCCGCGAGCGCUGCGGGGGGCUGCCGGACCCGGGUGUCCGCAGCUUCGGCUUCCCCAACAAGGAACUGAGGACGUACGGCACGUACUGCUUCGCGGGGCGAUAGGAGCACCGGGCAGCGAGGUGGGCUGAGCCCGCGGCGGGAGGUGGGGGGGGGGGGCAUUGUUUUGGGCCUGUUUCAGGUGGUUUGUGCAUCCUCCCCCGGAGCGGCUCCCCGCGCCCCCCUGCCUGCUUCGGCCGCUCUCGGCGGGUGCUUGGGGCUCGCGGGAGAAGCGGGAUGCUCUGCCGGGCCGGGAGGAGGGUCCGAUGCAGCCCACCAGCGGGCAGCGCCGGGUCCCCGCUCCCUCCCAGCCCGGUGCAUCCUUUGCCCCAUCCUCGCUCCCCGUGGCCGCGAAGGCUCCGGCUGCCGCAAAUACGCCGGAGAGCCGGGCAUUAACGAGCGUGACUAAUGGAGUUUCGCCUUCUCAAUUAAUAAAGCGAUGGC